GCUUUUCUUACUGUUUUAUGUGUGGAUGUGCGGAGGCAGAGCAGAGGGAGUUUCGUGGAGGGAGUCGGCAACAAUGUAGGGCCAGCAACAUGGAAGAGGCAGGCGGGAAGCCCACGGCUGUUGCAGUUGUGACUGAGCCUCGAUUUACCCAGCGAUACAGGGAAUAUCUCGAGAAGCAGAAACUCCUGGAUAGACAGCACCGUGUGAAAAAGCUGCGGGAUGGCACCGUGGCGCUACCGGUUCUGAGAGAGGCCUUCCUUGAGCAGCAUCUGCGGGAGCUGAGGAAUCGUGUGGCUCCAGGCAGCACCUGUGUGCUGACGCAGCUCCUGGAUCCUGUUCCUUCAAAGAAGGCCCAGAGUUACUCACCUGCCCAAAGGCUGUGUCUUGAGGUGAGUCGCUGGGUAGAGGGCCGCGGAGUGACGUGGUCUGCAGAGUUGGAGGCUGACCUGCCCCGAUCUUGGCAACGACACGGUGACCUCUUGUUGCUGAGUGAGGACUGUUUCCAAGCCAAGCAAUGGAGACAUCUGGAACCAGAACUCUGGGAGACGGUUGCCUCGGCACUUGGCGUCCAGCGUUUGGCCAAACGAGGGCGGGUGUCCCCGGACAGCACUCGGACUCCAGCAGUGAGUCUGCUGCUGGGCGACCACGGCUGGGUAGAGCAUGUGGAUAAUGGGAUUCGGUAUAAGUUUGACGUGACCCAGUGCAUGUUCUCCUUCGGAAACAUCACUGAGAAGCUUCGUGUGGCGUCGCUGCCCUGCGCCGGAGAAGUGCUGGUGGAUCUCUAUGCGGGGAUUGGUUAUUUUACCUUGCCUUUCCUAGUUCAUGCCGAGGCUGCUUUCGUCCAUGCUUGUGAGUGGAAUCCCCAUGCGGUAGUUGCUCUGAGAAAUAACCUUGAACUCAAUGGAGUAGCUGAUCGAUGCCAAAUACACUUUGGAGAUAACAGAAAACUGAAGCUAUCCAACGUUGCCGACCGGGUGAAUCUGGGGCUGAUUCCCAGCUCUGAAGAAGGCUGGCCCAUUGCCUGCCGAGUGCUAAAACAGGAUGCUGGAGGCAUUUUGCAUAUUCACCAAAAUGUGGAGUCUUUCCCAGGGAAGACUCUCCAGCCUCCUGGAAGCAGUGAGAUGGAGGAGCAUUGGCCUUCUCCUCAGCAGAUUAUCAGCAACCAGUUGAAAAAUGGAGCUACCAGUGAUUCUAGGAGGAAAACGCUGUCAGUGGCCACCAAGCCAGAGUGGCAGAGCUGGGCUGAAGUUGCAGAGACUCGAAUUGCCACUCUUCUUCAUCAGGUGCAUGGAAAACCGUGGAAGACACAAAUCUUGCACAUCCAACCAGUGAAAUCCUAUGCUCCCCACGUGGAUCACAUAGUCUUGGAUUUGGAAUGCCGCCCCUGUCAUCUAGUUGGCUAGAAGAGGUGGAUCCUGAGACGGGAGGAUCUACUUGUUGGAAUUAACAACUGAACAUGUCCUGAAAGGAAGGUGUUUGGGUUUGAAUGAGUUAACAUACAGUAACUGUCAUCACAGUGACUGGUAUAUCGUGAAUAUUUCCGUCAGUCUUUGUAUGAGGGUAACUACCAUUACCCAGUCCACCUGUGAGUGAUUGCUACACAUCUGCUUUACUUAUAGCAGAAGGUCCUUAUUUUGAAAGCCAGUCACUGGCUAAUGAGGAUGUUCUGUGAAUUCUGCACAUCAGGCACUGGGUAGAAGGCCAGGGACACAGGUGAGUGAAGCUGAGUCCUGCCUACGUGGAAUCACCAUCUGGAGACAGACACAGGGGAAACAAUGUCAGUGCCAUGUGCUAAGUGCACAUACAGAAACAGAUG